CAGGGGCCCUCACGGAUGGGAUAUAACGUGGCAGUAUGACGCGGGACUACUGCCUAUCCGCUCUUUGAAGCUUUGGUCACUGCGACGUUGAUCUCCAUCUCUCCUCACCCUCCACACUUAAUACUAGGCAAUCACCCAGUCAAGUCGCCAUGGCUCCUCCACAGUCACUUAACUUAAUGGCAAUGAAUUCGCAAUCGAUGGCUUGGCAAGCUGCCAUUGUUUUCGCUAUAACAUCACACUAGCAGCUUUCUGCCCCAUCUUUUCUGUCUUUAAAAACUACCUAGAACCAGACUAUGUAGACCAAAAAUAACAAUUCCGUUCCCAGCACAUUGGUCUCUGUCUGCGUAUUUCUCGCACCGUAAGCAGUGACUAGCUUCAGGAGCUCCAUCCGCCGCGUUGCUCUCGACGUCUGCACAAGCUGCAAAGCAUUGACCCGCCCGGAUUUCUCUUUCCGUUCUUUGUUUGCAGACGCAGCUUGCCGCCAAAGGAAUUAAAUAUCUGCCCGCCUAGAUUGAGGUAGCAAGAUAUUAGAUUGCUUGCAGCUCCUCCACGCCGCCUCACACCACAUCAACUACAGACACGGCAUCACCUGACACAGCUGACAAUAUGCGUCCCGGAUCGUCAUCGUACUGCGCCAAUGGCAUUCUUGCCCUCUUGGCUCUUUUGCCCACCGUCAGCUCGUCUAUUCUAUAUUCUUCCUCAUAUGGUGGAAGCGUCUCUGCCCUCGAUCUGACCCUUGCGUCGGACUCGAAUCUCUCAAGCCUGAAGGUGGUUUCGUCGACCAAGGAAUGCUCCCCAGAUCCAGCUUGGCUGACCCUUGAUUCGGCCAAUUCAAGGCUCUACUGUGUUGGCGAGGGGCUGAACACGAGAAAUGGGUCACUGAGUGCCUUUGCAACUUCACCUGAUGGUUCUCUGUCCUUAAUUAAGAAGGUCGACACGAUUGGAGGACCCGUGAGCUCGGUUAUCUACGGCAAAGGCGGCGAAGGCAUCGCUGCUGCACACUAUACUGGCUCAUCGUUGACUACUUAUGCAGUCUCCGACCUAAAGCUGCUUCAGGCAAAGACAUGGAGCGAACCUCUUGGUCCUAAUAUUACCAGGCAGGAUGCUCCACAUCCUCAUGAGGCCACUCUCGACCCAACCGGUCGCUUUGUUGUCGUUCCGGAUCUUGGUUCAGACCGUGUGCGCAUUCUAGCCAUCGAUGGAGCAGGAGGUUUGGGUUUGACGGAGGUGGAACCACUCGCCGCCAGGCCUGGCAGUGGACCUAGGCACCUGGAGUUUCUCAAGCUCGACGGCAAGACCUUGAUGUACUUGGUCUCCGAACUGGACAACACUGUGACGGUGUACGAGGUUGGCUACGGUGACGACGGCAAGUCCAUGUCUUUCAGUGAGAUUAUGGUUACGGGGACUCAUGGUGAUAUCGCCACACCCAACGCGUCCGCUGCCGAGAUUCAUCUGUCGCCGGAUAAUCGCUUCCUUCUUGUGUCAUCUCGCUUCGACAAGGCCUUCAACAUCCCCAGCUUCGAUACUACAGAUGGCACCCUUGUCCCGUCUGACACGAUCACCAGUUUCUCCAUCGACCAAAAGACAGGUGCCAUCUCAGCGAUUCAGAGGUUCCCAGCCGGCGGCGACAACCCAAGGCAUUUCUCGAUCAACAAGGACGGAAGUCUUGUCGCGUCUGGUCUUCAGGGAGAUGGACGUAUUGUCAUCAUAUCUCGCGAUGCAGAGACUGGCCUCCUGAAGGAGUUUGUUGCCAACGCCAAGGUUGAGGUCGGCGUUAACUGUGUUGUCUUUGCCUGAGUGACAGAGUCGAGAGACGGCCAUGAAGGUUGGGCAUAGUCUAGAACUAGUUCAUUUGCUGCCGCAUGGCAAGCUGGGUAUAUAGAUCAACCAGAACUAGGAGCUAAGAUUAUUACUACGUACCUUGCAUGCAAUA